CGGAGGCGGAGGGUGGAAGAAUGUCAGUGUCUGCUUACUGUAUAUUUUGCUACAGACAAAUAGGAACCUCAGGUUCAGCCACAAAAACACACCUACCCUGGAAUGAUAUCAUUAUUUCUUCAACAUGUAGCUGCUGCCUCUUGUCUGCAUGCCAAAUUCUUAUGGUCUCUCAAAGAUGGAAGCUGGUAGCAGUGGUUGUGGGGCAAAUCUCCCAAUUCAUGCUGAGGAAAAGAAAUUAUUCAUGAUAGGAAAAAUUGCAAAGGUAACUGGAUCACUUAUACUAGGAGGUUUUGUAUUCAUUACAUAUGAAGUCCUGUCCUUAAAUAAGUUGCUGCAAAUCGAUACUCAAGCUCUACAUCAAGAAAAACUUAAAUCCUAUGUAUAUGUACGUACAGCUUCUCUAAAUCCAAGUGAAUAUCAAGGGGUCACAUACAAAGCCAGAAAAGAAAUCCAUAAAGCAGUGAGGAAGAUUCUAGAAACAGAAGCUAAAAUAUUCCGGAGACCUUUUAAUGAACAAUUCGGUACAUUUGAUGGAGAAGAGCAUGAGUGUGCCUUAUGGCUUCUCUUAAAGAAAACUCAGUCAGAAGACAAAAUGGUCCGACUGCAGGCUGUGCAAGACCUGGCAAGCAACAGUCACUGGCGUGAUUAUCAGUAUGGUACAGUUGCUCAAACCUGUGAUCAAAGGACUGCUAUAGGUUUGGCUCGAUCCAAAGGAAUUGACCUUCGCUUUUUCCUGCCUCCACCACCAUUGCCAAAAAUAAAGACUGAUUAUCCCAUAGAAGAUGAACUUCGCUUGUUGUUAGUGUCUUUACCCCAGACUGGUCUUGAUCCAUGUGUCCAGUACUUCACAUCUCUUGCUUUACGUGAAAGUAGCCAGACUCUUGCUGCACAAAGGGGAGGCUUAUGGUGUUUUGGAGGAAAUGGACUUCCAUAUUGUGAGACGCUGAGUAAAAUCCCUUCAGAAACAGUGGAACUUUUUUGCUUGCAGGCUUUAGUACAACAUUCUAAGAUUUCUUCUCACUGUGAUAAAAUUGAAGCUAAAGGAGGCCUUCAGCUACUGCAGAGGAUAUACCAGCUACGAAAAGAUUCAGCAAAGAUACAGAGAAACAUAAUUCGCAUUAUUGGAAAUAUGGCUUUGGAUGAACAUCUCCAUUCAUCCAUAGUACGUGCAGGUUGGGUUUCUGUACUUGCUGAAGUAAUGAAAUCCCCCCAUAUCAUUCAGUCUUCUCACGCAUCCAGAGCUUUGGCUAAUCUAGACAGGGACACUGUGGAAGAAAAAUACCCAGAUGGCGUUUAUGUCUUACAUCCACAGUAUCGUAGCAGUCAGCCCAUCAGAGCAGACAUCCUUUUUGUUCAUGGUCUUUUGGGAGCAGCAUUUAAAACCUGGCGACAGCAAGACAUUGACAGGCAUUUGGAUAAAAAGGUCUCAGAAGGGGAAGAGGACUAUAGUCAGUGCUGGCCAAAGACAUGGCUGGCUUCAGACUGUCCUUCCCUUAGAAUCCUGUCUGUAGAAUAUGACACCCAUCUGAGUGACUGGAAAGCAAAAUGUCCUGUUGAGGCUCACAGGAAGUCUAUUGCUUACAGGAGCAGUGAGCUGCUUGACAAGCUCAAAGCUGCUGGGAUUGGAGACAGACCUCUGGUGUGGGUAUCCCAUAGCAUGGGUGGUCUUCUAGUGAAAAAGAUGCUGGUGGAUGCUUCCAAGAAUCCAGAAAUGGAUAAAAUUGUAAACAACACCAGAGGAAUCAUAUUUUAUAGCGUACCUCACCAUGGUUCCCAGCUGGCUGAAUAUUCUAUAAAUGCCAGAUAUCUUCUCUUUCCGUCUGUGGAGGUUAAAGAGCUCAGCAAGGAUUCUCCUGCACUUAAAGAGCUGAAUGAUGAGUUCUUGUCUUUUGCCAAAGAGAAGAAAUUUUCAGUGCUGAGUUUUGCAGAAACCUUACCCACACACAUAGGCAGCAUGUUAAAACUGCAUGUUGUACCUUUGGAAUCAGCAGACUUAGGAAUUGGAGACCUUAUUCCAGUGGAUGUUAAUCAUCUAAAUAUUUGUAAGCCAAAGAAGAAGGAUGCUUUCCUGUACCAACGUACACUGAAGUUCAUUCGGGAUGUUUUAGCCCAAGAACUUGGAGAUUGAGUAUUUGCUGUCCUUGGCUAUUUGUGCUCUCCGUUUGGUGUGACAUGGAAAGUUGUUAUUUGUUAGGGGAUCUGCAGAACCACACGGGUGCUAUGUCAAUAGUAUCUGCAGCUAAAUAAUUUUCAGUACAUCUCCAACUUAGACACCUCGGCAAUUUAUUUCUAAAAUGACAUUCAAAACAAAUACAGACUUGGCAAAAAAAAAAAAAAAAGUGUGCCCAGGAUAUCUUCUUCUAGCAAAAAACCACAAGCUUGCUUUGGAGGCAGG